UCUUGUUUACGUCCGCCAUGUUCGCGCGUCGUCUCCGCCUCGCUGCUCGUCGUCCAGCGCUGAGGACCCAUCUACACUCCUCCUCUGCCUUGUGGAAGAGCCUCCAGCGAUUCAAGCUAGCAGACAUCGGCGAGGGCAUCACUGAAUGCGAGGUCAUCAAAUGGAACGUGAAGCCCAAGUCGCAGAUCGCGUCGUUCGACCCGCUGUGCGAGGUGCAGAGCGAUAAAGCGUCGGUGGAGAUCACAAGCCCGUUUGACGGCGUGGUCACGGAGUUGCUGGUGCAGGAGGGCGAAAUUGCGAAGGUCGGAGAGGGCUUAUGCCUCAUAGAGGUCGAUGAUGAAGUCCUGGACAGCGCGGAUCCCUCUGUGCUAGAAACGCCGGACGCGUCGAAGUCGCAGCCGCCACCAAAGGAAGAACGCGCAGGAUCACCCCUUCCUCCCUCUACACCUUCCUCGCCAGCGCGCAAAAAGCACCCGCUAGACCCCACAUACGAUCCUGCCGUCGAUGGCAAGCCCGUCAAUGUCAACGUUCUCGCAAAACCUGCCGUGCGGUACUUUGCCCGCGAGAACGGCGUCGACCUGACGGAGAUCGCGCCGGGCAGCGGCCGUGAUGGGCGUGUCGAGAAGCGGGAUGUGGAGGCGUACCUUGCUCGCAUGACGGGUCAACCGUCUUCAAGUUCAUCCGCGGCGCCAGUAGCGCAGGAUGUAGUAGUAGAGCUUGGACGAACGCGCUAUGGUAUGUGGAAAGCAAUGGUGAAGAGUCUUGAGAUACCACACUUUGGAUACUCAUCCACGCUGGAUCUUACGGCGCUGCAUAACAUGAUGCCUGUCUUCAACAACCAUAUACCCCCUCACUACCUUCCUUCGUCUUCACAAGGUCCUGUCCUUGUCGAUCCUGCGGCACUGGGCAUACUCCCAGCGUCUACGGCACAACGCGUAGCUGAGCAUCAACAAUUCACCAAACUCACCUUCCUGCCCAUCCUCCUGAAGACGCUGUCGCGAGCAAUGCUCGAAUGGCCAAUUUUCCGCUCGACCAUCACUCCGAACACUGCGCCAGAAGCGAAACCAACUCUGACCGUACGUCCCCACGCCGACAUCUCCAUUGCGCUGUCUACACCGACCGGGUUGUACACCCCCACGCUGCAAGGAGUGGACACCCAGUCCGUCUUCGGCCUCGCAUCCACCCUCAAGCGCCUCUCGCAUCUGGGACGCCAGGUGCCAUGCGGCUUGACACCGAACGAAAUGCCCAAGCGCGGAGGCACUCUGACCGUAUCGAACGUCGGAGCCAUCGGGCAGGGCGACUUCGCGCACCCAGUCCUUGUGCCAGGCGGCGGAGUCGCCAUCGUCGCCAUCGGGCGGGCGAAGUGGGUGUGGGACGUUGAGCGUGGGGAUGGCAGUGGCGAGAGGCGGCUGAAGGUGGGCGUCAGCUGGAGCGCUGACCACCGUGUGGUGGAAGGGGCGGAGAUGGCUGCGUUUGUUGAGUGUUGGCGUGGGUUCGUGGAGACGCCGGAGAGGCUCAUCGUGGACAGCAUUUAAUGCGUAGGAACCGUUCAGAUCAUGACUCGCACUGUACAACUAUCUCAUUCAUCGCAAUUACAAGGGGUCAUCGCACUCCUCUAUGUUCUUCGCAUAGAAAGGGAUAAGAAGCGGAUAUUCGCGCC